CGCGCGGCGCGAGAACGGGGGGGCGGGCGCGGCCGGGGAGGCGGCGCGCGCGCGCGCCCUGACAGCUCGGCCCUGCUCGUUCACUCGCUCGUCCCCGGCUUCCGAGCACAGCAUGGCGGUCAAGGUGCAGACAACCAAGCGAGGUGAUCCUCAUGAGUUAAGAAACAUAUUCCUACAGUAUGCCAGUACUGAGGUCGAUGGAGAACGUUACAUGACCCCGGAAGACUUUGUCCAGCGCUAUCUUGGACUGUAUAAUGAUCCAAAUAGCAAUCCGAAGAUUGUGCAGCUCUUGGCAGGAGUAGCCGAUCAAACCAAGGAUGGGUUGAUCUCCUAUCAAGAGUUUUUGGCAUUUGAAUCUGUUUUAUGUGCUCCAGAUUCCAUGUUCAUGGUGGCUUUCCAAUUGUUUGACAAGAGUGGAAAUGGAGAGGUGACAUUUGAAAAUGUCAAAGAAAUUUUUGGACAGACUAUUAUUCAUCAUCAUAUCCCUUUUAACUGGGACUGUGAGUUUAUUCGGCUGCAUUUCGGGCAUAAUCGGAAGAAGCAUCUUAACUACACAGAAUUCACACAGUUUCUUCAGGAGCUACAGUUGGAACAUGCAAGACAAGCCUUUGCACUGAAAGACAAAAACAAAAGUGGCGUGAUUUCUGGUCUGGAUUUCAGUGACAUCAUGGUUACCAUUCGGUCUCACAUGCUUACUCCCUUCGUGGAGGAGAACUUAGUCUCAGCAGCUGGAGGAAGUAUUUCACACCAGGUUAGCUUCUCAUACUUCAAUGCGUUUAACUCCUUGCUGAAUAACAUGGAGCUUGUUCGUAAGAUAUAUAGCACUCUAGCUGGCACAAGGAAAGAUGUUGAAGUCACAAAGGAGGAAUUUGCCCAGAGUGCCAUACGUUAUGGACAAGUCACCCCACUAGAAAUUGAUAUCUUAUACCAGCUUGCAGAUUUAUAUAAUGCUACAGGGCGCUUGACUUUGGCAGAUAUUGAGAGAAUAGCCCCAUUGGCUGAGGGAGCCUUACCUUACAACCUGGCAGAACUUCAGAGACAGCAAUCUUACGGAUUAGGCAGGCCUAUCUGGCUCCAGAUUGCCGAGUCUGCUUACAGAUUCACUCUGGGCUCAGUUGCUGGAGCUGUGGGAGCCACCGCUGUAUAUCCUAUAGAUCUGGUGAAGACCCGCAUGCAAAACCAGCGUGGCACUGGCUCCGUUGUCGGGGAGCUGAUGUACAAAAACAGCUUUGACUGUUUUAAGAAAGUCUUGCGUUAUGAGGGCUUCUUUGGACUCUACCGGGGUCUGAUACCACAACUUAUAGGAGUUGCUCCAGAAAAGGCCAUUAAACUAACUGUUAAUGAUUUUGUCCGGGAUAAAUUUACCAGAAGAGAUGGCUCCAUUCCAAUUUUAGCAGAAAUCCUUGCUGGAGGCUGUGCUGGCGGUUCUCAGGUCAUCUUUACUAACCCGCUGGAGAUAGUAAAGAUUCGCCUGCAGGUAGCUGGAGAGAUCACCACAGGGCCCAGGGUCAGUGCCCUGAAUGUACUCCGGGACCUGGGACUUUUUGGUCUGUAUAAGGGUGCCAAAGCGUGUUUCCUCCGAGACAUUCCCUUCUCUGCAAUCUAUUUUCCUGUUUAUGCUCAUUGCAAACUACUUCUGGCUGAUGAAAAUGGACACGUGGGAGGUUUAAAUCUCCUUGCAGCAGGAGCCAUGGCAGGUGUACCUGCCGCUUCUCUGGUGACCCCUGCUGAUGUCAUCAAGACAAGACUGCAAGUGGCUGCCCGUGCUGGCCAGACGACAUACAGCGGUGUCAUCGACUGUUUCAGGAAGAUACUCCGGGAAGAAGGGCCCUCGGCAUUUUGGAAAGGGACUGCAGCUCGAGUGUUUCGAUCCUCUCCCCAGUUUGGUGUCACUUUGGUCACCUAUGAACUUCUCCAGCGGUGGUUUUACAUUGAUUUUGGAGGCCUCAAACCCUCUGGCUCAGAACCGACACCUAAGUCACGCAUCGCAGACCUUCCUCCUGCCAAUCCCGAUCACAUCGGUGGAUACAGACUCGCCACAGCCACUUUUGCUGGCAUUGAAAACAAGUUUGGCCUUUAUCUCCCCAAAUUUAAAUCUCCUAGUGUUGCUGGGGUUCAGCCAAAGGUGGUGGCGGCAGCUCAGUGAUGAGACUACCAUUGAAUGUGGCAAAAUGGAGCCCUAAAGAAAGGGGCCUGGGAGAGCAGCCCUGUAAUGCAUCCAGUCAGCUGCAUGGUGCUGACUGAGCUGAGGAGUCAAACUGUUCUUUCUAUAUGGCGUAUACAUAUAUUUGUUUAUAAAGUAGUCAUUUGCCCAGGAAAAAAACCACAACACAAUGCAGUUUGCAGCUUUAGUUUUAUGUGUUGAAGUGUUUUCUAAGCCUUGGCAUGAAUUAGUGUUCUAGACUGCUUUGCACAGCUUGCACUUCUAGUGACUGUACAUAUUGUACAUCUUUGUACAGAGACGUCUUGGCACCUCAUCCCAACAAAUCACAUUUAUAGAAUGUAAUGCAGUUCUGAGUGGCUUGAAAUGUACAGAAUGUUUUGAAAGUGUUUUAUUAAGAAUCACAGGAAAAUAAAUGUAUUAAAGUUAAAUUCAUUCUCUUAUUGAUGACUUAUGGAAAUAAAGCAUCAAUAUUGGAUGUAUUUAA